ACCGACAGCACGUAGCAGGUCUGUCCACAGGAGUUCUGUUCGGGUCUAUUCGAUCUGAGACGUUAGAAUCCUCUUGACAUCUGACUUGUCAGCGCAGGGAACGGCACUGUUUAAAAAACGACUUGGCUACAGGUUCUCUAGAUCUCACACUCUGUACGACUUCUUCGUUGUCUUCUCGUGACUCUUGACUGUUUGUCUGUUGCGCUCAGUGGAAGCUCUGUGCCUCAUGGCUUGCUACUACAUAGUCAUCAGCUCUACUCACCUCAGCAACGGCCACUUCAGGAACAUCAAGGGAGUUUUCCGCGGACCCCUCAGCAAGAAUGGCAACAAGAACUUGGACUACGCGGAGAAGGAGAGGACGACGACCAUGGCCAAGGCCUUGGAGGACCUGAAGGCCAACUUCUACUGUGACCUGUGUGACAAGCAGUACUACAAGCAUCAGGAGUUUGACAACCACAUUAACUCUUAUGACCAUGCUCACAAACAGCGGCUAAAGGAGCUGAAGCAGAGAGAGUUUGCCCGGAACGUGGCCUCUAAAACCAGGAAGGAUGAGCGGAAACAGGAGAGAGCACUCCAGAGGUUACAUGAGCUGGCCGAACAACGCAGAGAGGUCCAAUGCGCUCCAGGCAGUGGCCCCAAGUUCAAGUCUACUACUAUAGCUGUGGACGCCAGCUGCAGAGAGAGCUGUACUGAUGGACUGUUAGGAGAGAGCCACAACUCUACCGCGCUGGAGACCGGCACCCACAACCACACCACAGGCACCAGCACUGGCCUGGCCUCCAACAGCAAGACCCAGCAGACAUUGUACUGGCCCCACAACGGCAAGGCCAAGAAACAAACUUACAAAAGGCACAAAAUCGCCUUCUCGUUCUCUUUCCCAAAGAAAGCGUUGGUGAAGCUGGAUUCUGCAGCGGCUGUGUUCUGUGAGAACGCGGAGGAGGGUUCCAAAGAACGUACCGGAACACAGAAGCUCAGAAUUCCCCUCGUUGAGUUGAACGUCCCUGUUUCAACCACUGCAGAGGAGAAAGGACUGGGUUUUGCGGGUGUGGAGAUUAACGGCACGAAGCCUGGUGAUCUUAGCCUUAACGGUGUUAGUAAGGGGAGCCAGAAGUCAUCAGAUACACUGUCCAGGUCUGACAUCCCCAUGCCUCCACAGGCAUCACAUCUGUAUUCUGUGCUGGUUAACUCGGAGGAUAUCGUCAGACAUGAUGUGUCCUCUGUCUCCCAAUUAGCUGAAUCCCUUUGUCACAUUCCCCUAGAUGACCCAGACACAGUAUUAGAUACACAGAACUCUGAGGAAACUCAGAGAAACGUCUCAACAGAGGCUGAACCGGAUACAAGCAAACAGCAACAAGUUCAUAGAGCAGUAAGGAGUGUCUCGGGGGUAGAAAACAUCUCCAUUAGCAGUUCUGAUGGUCCCUCUGAGAACGUCUCCUCCUCCUCUCAGUCCUCUGAGCGUCCUGGGACUGCGAGAGAGAAAGGAGAAGACAUCACGGUGGUGGUGAAGACCCUGUCGGGUCCUUUCACCAAGCCCAGUCAGCCGUUCUUCUCUGUGCUCAGCAAAGAUGAAUACACUGUUCUCCAAUGGCCUUCAGAGAUGCUGACCUUCACCAGGACAGAGCCCCGUCUCUCCUACAGCUGCAAUCCACUCCAUUUUGACUUUAAGACCUCGCAGCAGUUGCAGAGCAGGGCGAAGGUUCGUACUGGUGACAGUCAGAGUAAGACGGAGCUGAGGAUAUCCGAGGCGUUGUGUAUCGGCUCAACCUCUGUCUGUUCUGAGGAACUAAUAGACAACAAGCACAACAAAGAGGCCUACUCAAGGCCAGACCAUCAUAUCCCUAUCAGAGAUGACAGGGAGACAGUGGAGAGGAAGGAUUGUCUCAUUUGUGAUCACCACAUGAGUGACAUAGACACAGAAAUCUGCAACUUGCAACUGAAGAGACACAGCAGAGUCUACAGCAGUGGUAAAUCUGGUAGUCAGUCAAAAGAUCAGACUGGCAAGAGAGCAGCAGGCAUCAAGAAAUGGAAAUCCAGAGACAGGCGCCAUUACAGGAGCCACAAGAAGAAGAAGAGGAGAAGGAGAAGGAGGAGAGGAGGAUAUGAGGAAGAGAGGCACAGAGAGACUGAGACGGAUGGAGGUGUGGAGAGCGAUGCAGAGAAAUGCAACAAAUUCCAGAGACAGUCAGAGUGUUGGGAAGGACUUGAUAGCCAAUUUAGAGGCCCCACUUCACAGCCAUUAGAGAAGUCAAAGCAAUCAGCUCAAAAUCAGGCUGACAGUGGCCACGCUGCUCCCUCUGCCACAGAGGACAGGGAGAGAGAGAGGGUGAAAAGAGAGAGGGAGAGGGAGGAGAGGGAGAGGGAGGAGAGGGAGAGGGAGGAGAGGGAGAAAGAGGGAAGCAGACAGGAAACAGCAGGCAGUGUAAACGGAUCAGCGGGCAGCCUCAGUCUCUGUGAUGAGGGCGCCACGGAUUCUGAAAAGGUGUUCGGGAGCGACGGCAGGAGAGGCCCAGUCGAUCCAUCAACAGAACAGAGAAACGCUGCAGGACACAGCUCACAGAGCUCACAGAGCCACGACAAACCCUGCACAGAGAACCCCGCUGGGGCUGUUAGACAAAAACGAACCAUGGUGAUGACACAUCUGUCACCACAAAGCCCAGGGACCAUUACCCAAAAACCAAGCAUGACUAAAUCCCUUUCACCAGAGAGCUGUGGUAAAGACUGUUGUUGUAUCGGUCAAUCGUUGAGAAGGAAGCGGACAGCAUCAUCUUUGCUUGAUGCUGAUGAGCAAGGCUUUGACCACCAGGUCCCAUGCACCAAGUGUCAGUCACCUGUAAUGGUAGAGCCCAAUGGGCCAGAUGGUUCAAUGGUUGAGGGGGGGUCCUCUUGGUCUGUCUGUGUUUCCUGUGGUGGGGCGGGGAGACAGAGGAAGAGACAGAGAGGCUCCAGUUAUACUCCUCACAUCUCAGACCUUCCUGUAGGUCACAAUGUUCACAUCUCAGACCCUCCUGUAGGUCACAAUGUUCGCAUCUCAGACCCUCCUGAAGGUCACAAUGUUCUCAUCUCAGACCCUCCUGUAGGUCACAAUGUUCGCAUCUCAGACCCUCCUGUAGGUCACAAUGUUCACAUCUCAGACCUUCCUGUAGGUCACAAUGUUCAGAUCUCAGACCUUCCUGUAGGUCACAAUGUUCACAUGGUAGAACCUCCUGUGGAUGUAAAGUCUGAUGACAGAUGUAAGAUGAACCUCCAGAAUCUAAUGAAUACGGAUGUAGAAUACCCUGUUGUUAAAGGUCCACUGGCCAGCUGUAGUGCCCCGAGUCAGCCUGCUGUAGAGCACAGCAGUAAGCCAAUGGGAGGCUCUCCUCGGCUCCAGAUUCAGAACAAUGUUCCCAGCAUCAAAGAAGACAGUUCUUCCUCUCCCUCUCUACCUAGGCCUGUACAAGAUCCCCCAAAUCCCCCAGAAAUAAUCAGUAUUACCAAUGAAAACAAAAACAUCACUAUUUGUCUCCAAAACUCUCCCAAUGUUUCUCUCCCGAUCAUGGUACAUAAUCUAGAAAUGGGCAACAAUGGAGAAGAUUGUAUAACAAGACAAACAGUGACAGUCGCAGCUCAUGUCAAUCCACUGGGUGCGAGAGAGAUCACCCCUCCAUUCAUCACUCCACAGAGGUUUCAGAUACAGAAUAUGGGCCCGGACAAGUCCUGUCAGCAUAGUUUCCAGAGCUACCCCAACCAACAGAGGUGCCACAGCCCCCAGCCUCCCCAGGGGCAUACCCAGCACCAGAGGUGUUAUCCUGGGAUUAGGGUUAAUGACGAGAUGGGGAUCAGGGAGGGCCUGAGGCCAGGAGGCCUUAACAUUACAGGCAGCCUGUGUAGUCCCUAUCAUAGACCCGCUAGCCCUUACCACAAUCACAGACCUCCGAGUUUCCAUCCGCAGCACCCGUCUGACGGCAUGGAGAAACACCACUGUGUCGUUCAAAUCCAGACCCAUAGACACAUCCUUCAUCACCAUCAGCAACACCAGGUGUUCCCAGGGAAGAUGAAGCCUGUCCUGCCUGGGUCUCCUGUCCCCAUGUCUCCCUCCUGUCCUCCCAUGCUCCACCCCGUCCACCUGUCUCCCGUGCCUAACGGGUCCAUCACCAUCCAACACACCAUUCUCCACCACCAGCACCACCAUGCCUACCACCAUGGAGCCUUCCUGCCCCCUCAUCCCCAGCCCCCUCUCUUCCCCCAGGUUCUGCCAGUCCCAGUCAGCCGCCGUCCUAUGGGAGCGGAUAUGUGUCCCCCUGGACCUUCUCCCUUUCUUACCUCAUCACCGCAUCUCUCUGUUGUGGCCCCGCCCAGUUUACACCACCACCCAAUGGCAGUGACGUUCCACGCCAUGCCCCGCCCAACCAUGUUCCCUCCCUCGAUGCUUCAGUCACACCCACAUCCCACCAUCAUCCCACUGCAGCCCAUGUUUUAGGACAUCACAUCCCCAGUGCAGCCCAUGUUUUAGGACAUCACAUCCCCAGUGCAGCCCAUGUUUUAAGACAUCACAUCCCCAGUGCUGCCCAUGUUUUAAGACAUCACAUCCCCAGUGCAGCCCAUGUUUUAAGACAUUGUAUCCCCACUUGCAGCCCAUGUUUUAAGACAUUGUAUCCCCACUUGCAGCCCAUGUUUUAAGACAUUGUAUCCCCACUUGCAGCCCAUGUUUUAAGACAUCACAUCCCCAGUGCAGCCCAUGUUUUAAGACAUUGUAUCCCCACUUGCAGCCCAUGUUUUAAGACAUCGUAUCCCCAGUGCAGCCCAUGUUUUAAGACAUCACAUCCCCAGUGCAGCCCAUGUUUUAAGACAUCGUAUCCCCACUUGUAGCCCAUGUUUUAAGACAUUGUAUCCCACUGCAGACUAUUCAAUCAUGUUCCCUUUUGUUGCUUCCAACAAAACAUGUAAUUUACUUCCAGCUCAUACUUUUUUCCCAUGUAGUUAUGUCAUUAUCUUCCUGUAACAUCCCAACCCUGUUUUAUCAGUGGAAAGGCUUCUGUAGUAUUCAGAGUGAUAAGUGCUUUUCAUGAAUACUAUACUAGACAGAAAUAUUUCAUUUAGAGAGACAAUCAAGCAUAACUAAAGCAUUAAGACGUGUGUGUGUGUGUGCACAUUUACAAAAAAAAACAGUGUGAUGUAGAAACUGUUCCAGGCAGAUUCAUUAUUAAAGUCUGUGGUAUUCUAUAGUCUGUUGUUUUUAUUUUUUUUGCCAGUCAAGUGCUUCAAUAGUCUACCUUUGGGCAUUUAAUGCAAGUUCUACUAGUUCAAUUAAACAUGAACACACACACACACACACACAAUAAAGUGUUGUAUCUGGUGUAAUAGCACGUGUCGAUGACGUUCACUCUACGUUCAUUUGCUUUCCUAAAUGAUGACAAUUCAUUCAUGUAACAUUUAGCCCUGAGUUGAUCCAGAUCCUACAGUAUAAAGUCAUUUUCUUUUGUUUUUAAAUGUCCUAAAAUAUGUUGUUUUUUUUUGUUGUAAGGAUUUACCCAUCUGACUCUAAAAUUAAUUUAGACAACUCUAUGUGUAUGUAUUUAUUUAUUCUAUUUUACAGCCAUCCCUCCUUAGUUUCUGAACAAGAAACACAACUAAUAAGGUCGGUUCUGGUGACUUCGAUGUUACACGUCUCCAUAUUUGACAAAUGUUGACCCCUUUCUGAUUCAGAAGUAGGAUAGCAAAGACACAAUGGGUUAAAAUGUCUAAUCAACUCGUUUUCUUUUGUAUAAAACAUGACCUAAGUGUCUUUGUAAUCACAUAAAAAAAAACAUUUAAAAAAACACAUUUGACAUGUAAACCUGGUUACCGUGUGGUUUCAAGCCUCUCCAUAGGUCUUCAUGUAGCUGUAAUACAGUAGAUAUAUAUAUAUAUAUACUCCCCUAUGUAUUUAUUUGGACUGUGAAGCUAAAACAAAUGUAUGUGGCUCUGUACCGCGGCAUUUUGAAUUUGAGAU